UCCAAGAGCAAAUAUUUGGUUAAAAUUUUUAGCACGAACGGGCUACUCACAAAAAUAUAUGUAAAUAUAGGCAACAUAAGCGAAAAAGGCCGGGGGAAAACCACCUGCCACUGAACCUGAAUCAGCAUCAACAUCUUUCCGUUCUGCCUGCUCAUCUUCUGCCGCCCAGAAAAGCCUGUUUUCAGUCGAUAGUUGGCUUCCGAUGUGAGACGUCGAAGAAAGUGUUUCACAGAGAUCGGGGUCACCGUAUUAAAUUAUCGCGCAUUUCAAGCCGCAUCUGGCCAAACAUCAUCAGAGUUGACACUCUUAAUUGUCCAUCAGUAAACAAGCCGGGUUCCACUCCUCUCUUCAAUCUCCGCCAGCGUCUCUCUUCCCAUUAUCAGGCUGUAGUUGAUAAGCAGCUGCCCUUAGAGCGGCCAGAACAUUUACCAUCCGACUCUGCGGUGGAAUGGUGCCUCUGCGGAUAUUGCUGAUCGCCCUCUCGCUGACCCUGGCCCAUGGUUAUGGCGCCGGAGUUGGAGGGCCGCGUCCCGUGCGUACUGUGGAAACGCUGACGCAAUGGCGGCAGCUGGAGUACGGUUUUCCCACAGCCCAGGACCGGGCGAAUGCCCAGGCGGCUGGCAACCUGGUGCCCGAGAACGGCACUCCCAUCGAUGUCCAGCCGCAGUAUCUGGCCAAUGGGCAAACCCGGUUGUUCACCACCAUUCCACGGUUUGUCACCGGCAUUCCCUACACACUGGCCACCGUUUCCGGGACGCAGGGCAGGAAUGGCCCUCUGCUGCAGCCGUAUCCCAGUUACGCCUGGCACAAUGGCAACGGGGAGGACUGCGAACGGAUCACUUCCGCCUUUAGAGUGGCUAUCACCGAGUGCAACCAGUUGUGGGUCAUCGAUUCGGGCGUUAUUGGCACCACCCAGCGCUGUCCACCGCAGUUGCUGCAGUUCGACCUGAGCACCGACCGCCUGCUGCAUCGCUACCGCUUUCCGAAUGACACCUACAUCCCCAGUGGUUCCCUCUUCAUCACUCCAAACGUGCUGGUCCAGGAUCCUCCGCCCCGCGGAACUUGCAGUCGCACCAUGAUCUAUGUGGCCGAUGUGAGUUAUCAUGGUGUGGUGGUGUACGACCACCAGGCGCAGACCUCCUGGAGGGCAGAGAACCGCUUCAUGUACCCCGAUCCGGAUUACGGCAAACACACCAUUGCUGGCGAGAGCUUCUACCUGAUGGAUGGCUUGUUUGCACUCAACAACGACAAGCGCAAUCUCUACUUCCAUCCGUUGGCCAGUGCAAGUGAGUACGCCGUCCCACUGAGCGUCCUCAAUCGACAGGAGAACUGGGCCAAUGGGCCGGAGGCUUUGCCGGAGCAGUUCAGCCUGCUGGGCAGGCGGAGGAGCGAGUGCGCCGCUUCCGCCAUCGAUGGCAGGAACAACAUCUACUGCGUCACCUUCAAUCCCAUCAAGCUGUUCGUGUGGAACGUAAAUUCGCCGUAUAAUUCGCGAAGCUUUGGCAAUUUGCCAGCCAAGUCCGAUGAACUGCAGUUCGUCAGCGGAAUGAAGGUGGUGCGAACUCCCGAGGGGCAGGAGGAGCUCUGGCUGCUAUCCAAUCGCUUCCAGAAAAUCUCUGCAGGCACGCUGAACUCCAACGAGGUCAACUUCCGCAUUCUGCGUCGCAAGCUGGAUGAUGUUCAGGGAGGCGUAUUCUUUUCCAGCGACGAAGAUCUGUCUAAUCGCCUGGUUUUUAACUAGUUUUUCACUAAACCAACUAAAUUAAUGUGUGUAAAUAUUA